AUGAAGUUUGGACAUAUCGCGAGCCUUGGGCUGUUGCUGGCCACUUCCGCUGCACAUGGCGCUUCAGAAGAUGUGGUUGAGUUUGCAUCAAGCAAGAAAGUCUCUACAAAGCCCAACUUCCUCUUCAUUAUGACAGAUGAUCAGGAUCUCAAACUGAACUCGCUGUCAUACACCCCGUUGACGAUGAAGCACAUGGCAAAGAAAGGAACCACUUUCACGAACCAUUUUGUCACUACAGCUCUGUGUUGUCCAUCUCGUGUCAGCUUGCUCACUGGUCGUUUGGCGCAUAAUACCAAUGUCACUGACGUCCACCCACCAUUGGGCGGAUACCCAAAGUUCAUUACUCAGGGAUUCAAUGAUAACUACCUCCCGGUCUGGCUGCAACAAGCAGGAUAUGAUACUUACUACACUGGCAAGCUGAUGAAUGGACAUUCAUUGGAAUACUAUGAUUGUCCACACGCUGCUGGGUUUAACGGGUCUGACUUCGUCUUGGAUCCUUACACCUAUGACUACAUGAAUGCAACGUAUCAGCGCAAUCACGACGAGCCUGUCAGCUAUCUGGGCCGUCACACGACAGAGGUUCUCCGCGAAAAGUCUAUGGGCUUUUUGGAAGACGCUUUAGCUGGAGAACGGCCCUUCUUCCUUACUGUUACACCCAUUGCUCCACACUCAAACAUGAACGGAACUUAUGGAGGUGGCGCUGGACCAAUGUGGAUGGAUGAGCCUAUUCCUGAGGAACACCAUAAGCAUCUCUUCCCAGAUGCAAAGGUUCCCCGAACUACCAACUUCAACCCAAAAGAGCCAACUGGUGUGAGCUGGAUUCAUGACCUUCCCUACCGGAAUCAAUCCGUGAUAGACUAUAAUGAUCACUACUAUCGUCAAAGGCUUCGUGCUCUUCAAGGUGUUGAUGAGCUUGUUGACAACCUCAUCACACGUCUUGAGCAAUCAGAAAAGAUCAACAACACAUAUAUUAUCUACACCUCGGACAACGGAUUCCAUAUUUCCCAGCACCGAUUGCCACCAGGAAAGACCUGCGGCUUUGAAGAAGAUAUUCGAGUUCCCUUCAUGAUUCGUGGACCGGGUAUUCCAGAGAACCACGUGGACGAAACUGUCAACACGCAUAUCGACAUCGCCCCGACUCUCUUCCAGCUCGCCGGUCUCCCUCUCAGGGCCGAUUUUGAUGGGACACCAAUUUCAACUUCCAAUACCGAUGGUGAUAUUUACGAGCACGUUACUGUUGAAUACUGGGGACAAGCAAUGCUUGAAGGAGGAAUUUCAAACCUUGGAACUCCCACUGUACCCAACAACACCUACAAGGCUGUACGUCUGCUCGCCCCCGAAUAUAACUUGUAUUACUCUGUGUGGUGCAACAACGAACACGAGCUAUAUGACUUGACCGUGGAUCCUUAUCAAGUUAACAACCUCUUGAAAUCAAACAAUCAGGAAGUUGAAGUUCUUGGAUAUCCAAUGUCUAAAGUCAUUCCAAGAUUGGAUGCACUUCUCAUGGUAUUGAAGUCGUGCCAAGGCUCCGAGUGCAUUAAGCCCUGGGAUACUCUGCAUCCGGAUUGGUCUGUUGCAAGCCUCAAAGAUGCAUUGGACCGGGAAUACGAUUCAUUUUAUGAGUCACAGCCAAAGGUCUCGUUUGCUCGUUGCGCAUAUUAUUAUGAGAUUGAGGCCGAAGGUCCACAGGAUGCUCUUGUUUAUCGAAAUGGAUAUAGCUUGGAAACGUGGGUCUAA